AUGCCCUCCGCACCUCUGCCAGGACAGGUGGCGAAGUACAGCAGCCCUCUCUUCAUGUACCGCCGCAUCAUUAAAAACGCGACGCCCAAGGCGCCCACAGUGUUCACGGCGAAGGACAACGCCAAGACCGCGUUUCACGUCGUGACGCAGCGGCCGGGCUUCACGAGCAAUCCGUACGCCGUCAGUCGCUGGUAUAUCAAGGAGAAGGUGCACAGCAGCAAUAGAAACAGACUGGAGGGCCUCUACGAGUGUGUGCUCUGUGCCUCUUGCACUGGCAGCUGCCCACAGUACUGGUGGAACCGCGAGCACUUCCUCGGCCCCGCUGUUCUGCUGCAGUCGUACCGCUGGCUCAUUGAACCGCUUGACCGCGACUACGACAGCCGCGUCAAGAUGUUCGAGCACGGACCGCUGGUGAACUUCUGCCACAACAUCUUCAACUGCAGCANCCCGCGACUACGACAGCCGCGUCAAGAUGUUCGAGCACGGACCGCUGGUGAACUUCUGCCACAACAUCUUCAACUGCAGCAUCACCUGUCCCAAAUUCCUCAACCCUGGGUAUGCGUCAAAGGAAAUCAAGCGCAUGUGCUCACCGGCCACGCCGCGUGUGCCGCCGCCCCUCGACACGCCGGAGAUCAAGCACUAAGUGUGUGUAUAUGCCUUACUGGGUCUCUCUCUCUAAUUGUGUGUGUGUGUGGAGGGAAGUAG